UUCAGUCGCUGACUGUUAAGUGCCCAGUGCAAAGCCAAGCUCUACACAAAAAUACAAAGCUCAAAAAUCUUACGCUAAACAUCUACGUCUGUUUACGCCAAGUGAAUAAAAGUUAAAAAACAAAAAGCAUUCUUUACACACAAAUAAAUAAUAUCAAACAAAACUAAGCAAAAUGUACGCGGAAAAAGUUUGUGUUGCAUUCGCGUUGAUCGCCUGCCUCGCCUGCGUUGUUGAAUCUGCUGUUUACACGCAACCCGCGCAAGUUCACAAUGCGCAUCCCGGCAAAUGCUACGAUAAGCUCACGAGACGCUUCAUGCUGCCCGACAAGGAAUACAAGCCGAAGGGCAUCUGUGCCGCCAUGACGUGCGACAUUGAGGCGCGUCAGAUCAAUAUCGAGACCUGUCCCUACAUCGAGAUGCCCGGCUGCGAGGAGCUGCCCAGUGACCUCAACUGGAGCUUCCCCAAGUGCUGUCCGCAGUUCAAGUGCGUCGACUUCAAGACCGGCAAGGAGUUUGUUGUCUCCGUCUAGACAACGGCAACGGCAUCUAUUUGCUCUCUUUUGCCAAGCGCCCCGCCCGGUUCAAUUGCCGGUGGAAAAGGGGGAGGAGCGGUCUCUACCUGAAACGUGAUUUUACAUAAAAUGUAUUCUUAGUUCUCUAGUAACUGUGUUUUGCGAGUGCGUGUGAAUGACUUAGUUAGCUUGUUUGUUUGUUUAUUCUGAGUGUGUGUGUGUGUGUGUGUGAAUGAUUCAUUUAGCAGACAUAAUUUAUUUAUUAUUCCAAUUUGUAAAUAACAAAACAAAACAAAAAUAAUUUGCAUAAUUUCUUGUAAAACCUUUUGAUGAUCUUUUAUCAUAUCUCAUGUGUGAACAUAUUAACUUCUUUGUCUUCUCUAGUUAUAAACACAUUAAUUUAUUUUGAUUUAUUCAAAAAACACUGUAUGCGAUAUUUGCAAUUGUGACUAACUGUAUAAAAUUGUUUAGUUUCUUAGUGAUAAACAACAACAAAAAUACAAAAACAACAAAUAAAAAAAACAAUUAAUGAAAUAUUAAUAAC